UAAUACUAUGAAAUGUGGUAUUUAUAUCGGUUCAUUUAAGAAAUCCUUGUAAUUUGAAUUCCACGUGAAACAAGAUGAGAAUGACAGCCAGAUGUAAUGUGCCCUUGAAAACUGUAAAAAAAAGCUAUCCGAAAAAAACUAAAGUCAGCAGCCUUCAGAACCAUUCGUGUACGAUUUGGAAAACCGGCUACAGGAAUAAAACAGAAAGAAAGAAAGAAGCAGUGACACUGUGGUUUACAUGGGACUUUAGCAACAUGAGAGCGUUUUCAAAUGAUAUGCAACUUUCUUCUUUGUCUUCCUAAAGAGUCCACCUGUACACUACUGUCAUCAGCAGGGUUGUUAAUGUGUCAAAAGGGAACCCGGUAGAACCUUUUGUCCAGGGAAUGUGAUGUUACACUCGGCCAUACACGCAGCAUAACGUGCUCAUGAAAAACCCAUCCGAAAUGAAGUCCUCCGUUCUUUUAUCGGAUGUUCUGUUGUUUUUAAAAGAUGUAGCUUUGAACACAUGAACAAGAGAACGUGUGAACGAACACCUUUGGAAGCAACCAAAUGGUUUGGCUGCUUCUUCUUUUGUUAAUCCAGCUAAUGAUUGUACUUUAGUUGUUUUUUUGCGAGCAGCUUGUUGAAGACAUUCUCUGUACGUCAUGUUAACUACUGUCUCUUCAAUAACCUGCUCAGAAUGGAUGUGGCAGUGACGGACAGAACUAACAGGUUGCCUUACAGUUAGUCCGAGGAUCACGUCACAGGGAGUGGACUUGUCCUUUUAUGGUUCCGCCGUGACACCAGAGGGCUGAAGGACCUCAGCGAACUGUUGGAGAGACAAGGUUACCACCGUGUUCCUGAACCAUCGGCCAUGUCGAUCAUCUAGAAGCCUAUGCACAUAACAUGUUAACUGAGCGUUUGCAUUAUUAGACUAUCUGAGAAUUAAAGAAAACAACUCGACUUGCUGUUCAUGACAUUGUCCUGCAGAUACAGGGUGGGUUGUCUUUUGUGUCUUGGUAUUUAAAGUACAUGGCAGAGCUGUGAUCCUGCUCUUCCACCAUCAUGAGCUGCAGUCUGUUUUAAAACACAGAAAUGCCCAGAUUUGAGCUGAAGAAAAUUCAGUUAUCUUUCAAACAGAAUCACAUUUAAACUCUGAGGAACAAAGGGAGGAGGGGGGGGGUUAAUGAUGCUCAGCUUCAGAGCUCAUGGCAGCCCUCAAGCAUUGGCUACUGUCAUGCAUCAGUAGGGCUGUAUGUGAUUAUUAACUUCUUGAUGGGUUUUUUAUCGGCAUCUGCUCUGUGCACACAAGCUGACUGUUUUUGCAGAACGUCAGUCAUUUCCCUGCAGGGAUUAUAACUAAUAUACAUAUCGAGUUAUUUCAUUUUCAGCAAUAAAUAUUGAUUGAAUAACCGAGAAUGUGGUGCCAACUUUGAAUGUCCAGGCUGUAGCGGAUUCUCCCGUAACUGUGCAUGUUGAUAUUACUUUACAUAGGCAAGUUUUUUAUUUUUUGCAGAUUGAUCUAGCACAUGAUGCAUGUUUCAGUAAAAACAAAUCUCCCUCUUAUCAAGUCAAUGUAGUCUGAAAUUGAGUCCUCAUAGGUAUAUUUUACACACUAAAAGUAUAGUAAGAAUAUUUAGAUUUUUCUAAAAUCAACUUUUAUUAUUAUUUAUACUCUCUAAUUUCAUAAUACAGACACUCAUUUUUGUUUUUAAAUGCAACACAUAAAAAAAGACAGAGCCAGAUAAAUACUUCAUAGAGUAGUUCAAUGCUCCGCCUCAACCAGCUACGACAAAAAUGCUUUAAAUAAUUGUAUGGUAUUUUAUGGUAUUAUAUAAGACUUCGUGGUCGUUAAGACAAAAGUUAGACAUUAAGUGCGUGUUCAUAUCUUAUCUCUUUUGAUGCCUGAUUGAGUCGCUUUGUAUCGAGCCUACAUUCCCCACAAUGCACCCGGCGCGGCUCGUUUCCGGUCCUGCGCCGUUUCUGGAGCGGAUUGGAACCCGGAGUCAGGAUUCGCUAAAUGAAGGGUCUUUUGCAGAAAAGGUUGGCAUAAUGGCUGAACAGGCGCCAGAUGAGUUCAUCUGGUGUGAGGACUGUGGCCAGUACCAUGACUCCGAGUGUCCCGAGCUGGGACCCCUGGUGACCGUCCAGGACUCCUUCGUCCUCAGCCGGGCCCGGUCGUCUUUGCCAGACAGCCUGGAGAUCAGACAGGGGGCUGACGGGCAGGAGGGGGUGUUUGUGAUUCGCAGGCUUGUCAAGAGGACCCGCUUCGGGCCCUUCGAGGCUAAGAGGGUCCCCCACCUGGAGAAGGAAGGAGCGUUCCCUCUUAAGAUCUUCCAGAACAACGGCGUGGUGGUGUGUUUCGACUCCAGCAGUGAAGAGGACUGCAACUGGAUGAUGCUGGUGCGGCCCGCCGCCGACCACACUCACCAGAAUCUGUCGGCUUACCAGCAGGACGAUGACGUGUACUUCAACACCUCCCAGGAUGUGUUCCCAGGAACGGAGCUGAGGGUCUGGUACGGAGCUUUCUAUGCCAAGAAGAUGGAGAUGCCGAUGCUUAAGCCUCCACUUCAACCGGCACCUCCACCAGACAUGGCGGAGACCUCAGAGAAAACUGGAGCCCACAUGCCCCCGGUGGCUGAAGAAGACAACGCAGGCAACAUGCUGAGUCACCUGGAUGAGACGGCGACAGCAGCGGCGCUUCCGGUGGACCCGCUCCUGACCCGAGAGGAGGAGAGCCUGGUUGGCCCCGAUGAGGAGGAGGAGGUAUGCGCCCCCCCCGCAGCUCAGCCGGUCCCCAAGAGAGGGCAGGGUCGAGGGAGAAGAGCCAAGGGACGCAGGCCCGGAGCUACGGCAAGCAAAAGCAAAGAUGUGAAGCCCUCGGUGGCGAGCUCCGAGCCAGCAGCAGCAGCAGCAGCAGCAGCAGAGAGCAGCAGCCUGCUGGGCUCUCCGGACGGCGGGGCCGUCCCGAAGAGACACAAACCCAGAGAGCACAAGAGGGUCUACCGCUGCUCGCUCUGCAACAAGGUCUUCCAGAACAGCAGCAACCUCAACAGGCACAUCCGGUCUCACGGUGAUAAGCUGUUCAAAUGCGAUGAAUGCGACAAGUUAUUCAGCCGCAAGGAGAGUCUGAAGCAGCACAUCUCUUACAAGCACAGCAAGAAUAUGAUUGACCAGGACUACAAAUAUAAAUGCAACACGUGCGAGAAAUCCUUCCGCCUGGAAAAUGCCUUAAAGUUCCACAACUGUCGGACAGACGACAAGACGUUCCAGUGCGACAUCUGCUCGCGCUUCUUCUCCACCAACAGUAACCUCUCCAAGCACAAGAAGAAGCACGGUGAGAAGCUCUACUCCUGCGAGAUCUGCAACAAGAUGUUCUACCGCAAAGACGUGAUGCAGGAGCACCACAGGAGGCACGGCGUCGGACCAAAGCACAUGAAGAGAGAGGAGCUGGAGGCCAAUGGAGAAGAAGGAACCAGGUACAGGAAGGAGCCGUCACCCUGUCCCAUCUGUGGCAAGGUGUUCUCCUGCAGGAGCAACAUGAACAAGCAUCUGUUGACUCACGGUGAUAAGAAGUACACCUGUGAGAUCUGCGCUCGCAAGUUCUUCCGCGUGGACGUCCUCCGAGAUCACAUCCACGUUCACUUCAAGGAUAUAGCCUUAAUGGACGAGCAGGAGAGAGAGGGCUUCAUCAAGAAGAUCGGCAUCUCGGCAGGCGACAGCGACGAAACGGACGACGACGACGAAGAGGAGGAGGAGGAGGAAGAGGAGGAGGACGAUGAUCCCGAGCACCACAAGUACAACUGCAAGAAAUGCCAAUUGUCGUUUGCUAAGGGCAAAGAGUACCUGAGGCACAUCCUGGAGCAGCACAAGGAGAGAGGCUACGGCUGCGGGAUCUGUAACCGACGCUUCGCGCUGAAGGCCACGUACAACGCUCACCUGGUCAUCCACAGGGAGCAGCUGCCUGACCCCGCAGUGCAGAAGUACAUCCAUCCCUGUGAAAUUUGUGGCCGAAUCUUCAAUAGCAUCGGUAACCUGGAAAGGCACAAGAUCAUCCACACUGGGGUGAAGAGCCACGGCUGUGAUAAGUGUGGCAAAUCAUUCGCAAGGAAGGACAUGCUGAAGGAGCACCUCAGGGUUCACGACGACAUCCGGGACUUCCUGUGUGCAGAGUGCGGGAAAGGCAUGAAGACCAAGCACGCUCUGAGGCACCACAUGAAGCUUCACAAGGGCAUCAAGGAGUACGAGUGUAAAGAGUGCAACCGCAAGUUCGCCCAAAAGGUCAACAUGCUGAAACACUACAAGAGACACACAGGUAUAAAGGACUUCAUGUGCGAGCUGUGUGGAAAGACGUUCAGCGAGAGGACGACUCUCGAGACGCACAAGCUCAUCCACACAGUGGGUAAGACGUGGACGUGUGCCACGUGCGACAAGAAGUACCUGACCGAGUACAUGCUGCAGAAGCACGUCCACCUCACCCACGAGAAGGUGGAGGCCCAGUCGUGUCACCUCUGUGGGACCAAGGUGUCCACCCGCGCCUCCAUGAACCGCCACCUGCGACGCAAACACCCGGAGGUGGUGUCUGUGAGAAUGGAUGAGUUUGAUGAUCUUCAGGAAGCACCGACAAUCAACGAUUCGUCUAUCAGCAUUGUGCAGCCCACUCUGACGCUGGAAAAAGACGGCAUGCCCCAGGAGAGGCCUGGCCGACCUUUCCGCCACCCCAAGAAGAAGCAGAGAGUUCUAGCUGAGCCGGAGCUCUCCGAGUCCGACGAAUAUGCUGACUUCGCCGAGCCGAGGCACGAGCCCAUGGCGGAGUUCCACGCCGUCAUCGUCGGCGACGAGACCGAGACCAGCUCUGCCGUGCAGAGUAUCCAACAGGUGGUGGUCCUGGCCGACCCCAGCGCUCCAUCAGCCUCUUCACCCAACAGCUCGGUGGGUCUGACCAACAUCACUGUGACGCCCAUCACAAGCCACGCCCCCGCCCAGUUCACCAGCCUGCAGCCCGUAGCCGUGGGCCACCUGACGGCCAGCAACCGGCCCCUCACCCUGGACAACUCCAUCCUCACCGUCACCUUCGACGCCGUCAGCGGCUCCGCUAUGCUCCACAACCGGCCAGCCGAACUUGUCCCAGAGACGGUGGGCCCCGGCGGGGGCACGGCACCCCAGUCGGUCUCCCACUUUAUCAACGUCACCACUCUGGUCAACCCCAUGGGCCACCAGCUGGAGGCCCCGACUCUGGCCUGGAGGCCCGUACCGGCGGUCGAAGGUGGCCAGGUCACCCCCGUGGUGGAGGGAGCACAGGGUCAGGAGGACCGGAACCAGGGCCCGGAGCCAGGCAGGCCCGUCCAGAGCCAGCCCCCCACACCGCAGCAGCAGAGCGGCUCCGCACAGCAGAUGUUCGGCUACUAGGGCGGAGACUGGAGUGACAACUUUCAGCCGCAACGCAAGGCCACUGAACCCUGAGCAAACCUGGUCUCGGUCUGUUUAUAGCUGCGUGACCAUCUGUCCUGCAUCUGCGCUGAUCUCAGACCAGCGAGCCUGUUUGUCCUCCAGUCAGUCAGCAGCUGAUGGCUUCCCUGCAAACAGCCCGACGUGAGUGUGACACACAUGAUCAGAGUGCACGGAUGUGCGUGUGUUUAGUCGAGUCAUCGCUCACGUUCAGUCAAAUUCUGCAGAGAGAUUGUUUGAAACGGUAUUCAUUCAAAAGUGUUAAAGAAACAAAUGAACCAAUGAAUCAAUAUAAACAAUCAGUUGAAUUUCCAAAAGGGUUUCUUUCCCUUUACCAGGUGUAUGAAUAAUACGCAUAUCCUCCAGAGAGCCUACCACUAAUGAGCAGUAUGGCAACAGGUUCUUUUUUUAAAAAGUAGGACAAAUAAUAAUUAACAUGGAAGAAAAAAAUAUAUUGGUUUGUUUGAGUAUAAAUAGUAAAUAAUUUAAAAUCAGCAUCUCAUCUCCUAGAUAUGGAAGAAUAUGAUCAAAUAUAUCUAUAGUUUUCCUUCCAAGAUAAAUUAAUUUCUUUACAAACUAAAAGUUCUUUAUUCGUGUUCUUUUAAUAUUUCUGUUGUUGAAGAAAAUAUUUAAUUUGUGAAAACAUGAAUAGCAUUUCCCCGAACUAAAGUUCUUUCUUUGCUUUUCAAUCUGAGGCCAAACGGUCUCAGAGCUUGUUCGUCUUUACUGCAGCAACUGAAAUGUAUGAAUACAUUUAAAACAUGCUCUUUUUUUACUUUACCAGCAAAUAAGAAGUAUCUUGCUUUUACACGACUAUGUAUCCUCAUCUAAAGCCAUAACCUUUAUUCUCUAAUUUUAAAUUCAGAGCCAAACAAAGACACAGAAAACCAUUAAACGUUCGAUCAGACGGCAUUCUUCACUACCUUCAUUUAGGUUCCGUGAACUGCACAGAGAUCAGAAUAAACUUUGGGAGAUGAAGGUAUGGAAGCCUGGAGGAAUGUGAGACGGAUAAAAUAUAUGUAGUGAUAAACAGGAUCAUCGCGAGAUUAAAUACAGGCACGGGUUACAA